GCAUGAGAGGUAUGCGGGGAGCCUGCAGCCCGCGGGGAGGCGUUGCUUCACAUCCAGGCCCGCCUAUCGUCCGUCGCCUCAUGCGCCUCAUUACCCCGACCCUCCCCUCACAGACACCUUCAUGAGUUUAAAAGCACACAGGAAACUCUAGCAGAGGAAGAAGAAGAAGAUGGGACCUGUUGGUGAUAAAGCUGCAAAUUCACUCCUGCCUUCAGUGUGUGUUGUGAUGGGGGUGGUGUCAUCACUCUACCUGUGAUCAUCAAGGUGUCUGUGGAGGUCUGGGUGAAGGACACGAACCUUGACUCUCAAAGCUUGCUGCUCUUCCUGGCCACUGCAAGUUUCACUGAGCACAUGAUGAUGUCUGACGCCAGCGAGAUGUUGGCAGCAGCCUUGGAGCAAAUGGACGGGAUCAUAGCAGGCUCCAAGGCCAUGGAUUACUCCAACGGGCUGUUUGACUGCCAGUCACCCACUUCACCUUUCUUGGGUGGCCUUCGGGUGCUGCAUCUGCUGGAGGACCUGCGGGGAGCGCUGGAGCUCAUGGACAACGAGGAGAGGGACAACCUGCGAUGUCAGAUCCCUGAUUCCACCGCAGAGGGGCUGGCAGAGUGGCUGCAUGGACGACUGGCUAAUGGCCACGGCUCAGAAGCAGUUUACCAGGAACGUCUGUCACGACUUGAGAGCGACAAAGAGUGUCUUAUUCUUCAGGUAAGUGUUCUAACAGACCAAGUGGAGGUGCAAGGUGAAAAGAUCCGGGACCUAGACAACUGCCUGGAGCAUCAUCGGGAGAAACUAAAUGCUACUGAGGAGCUGCUGCAACAGGAGCUGUUGAACCGGACCACACUGGAGACCCAGAAGCUGGAGCUGAUGACUGAGGUGUCCAGUCUGAAGCUGAAGCUGACGGCCGUGGAGAGAGAUCACAGGGACAACGAGGGCUUGUACCAGGAAGUAACGGACCUGCGGUUCAGGGUGACUGACAUCGAGAAUGAAAGAUUGCAGUGUGAGAAGAAACUCAAAGCUACCAAAGAGGAGCUGCAGCUUCUGCAGAGGCAGCUGGAGGAGCGAGAGGUGGAGCUUCGGAGGCUGAAGGACGAGAGCGGACCGAGGGCGGAGAGCCACGGCAGGGCUGAGGGAGGCGACAGAGAUACUGAAGCGUUGAAGAUGAAGAGAGCGUUGGAGUCACUGGCGGCGUCCAACGAUGAGAAGGAACGAAGGAUAAAAGAGCUGGAAGAGUCUCUAACAAAGUGCAAGAAGGUGCAGGAGCUGGUCAAAGAGAAGUUAAAGGAAGAUGACUACGACGAUAUCCCAGAUGAUCCCUCGGUUCCUGUAUCCAUGGAGGUGGAUCGGGUCACGCUGGCGUUGGUGGGCGAUACAGGAAGGAGCUCUGGCGAGUCUAUUCCCUGUAUAGCAGUACUCUCUGAAAUGAACGAACUGGACAGAGAACGACAGCUACAGGCAGCCGAGAGUUCUCGGGAGAUCCCACAGCCGGGCAGCCCUGACCAGGCUAAAAAUAAAGCAGGACCUGCUUCAUCUCCUACCAAAUCAAACACAAGCGAUGAGAGUUUUGGCACCAAGAAGGCCCGUUCUUCUUUUGGCCGAGGCUUCUUCAAGCUGCGUGGAGGCAAGCAGGCAGCCAGCGCUCCAAACCUGGCCGAGACAGAACGUAAGGGCACGGAGCACUUGGACUUGGCUGGCGUUCCUCAGCGAAAAUCCCACGAUGGAGCUCCUCCACCGUCCUCACCUGAAGCCAAGAAGAAGUCCAAAGGCUUCAGGAAAUUCUUUGGCAGACUGAAGAGGAGUCACUCCACCUCCUUCAACCUUGAUGACGCAGCAGAGAUGGAGUUCAGGAGGGGUGGAGUCAGAGCUACAGCCGGCCCGCGACUCGGCUGGUCGCGUGAAUCUAAACCCAACUCCGUUGACGUUCCCUUCUCGCGGUGGAGUAAGGAUGAAGUGUGUGCGUGGCUGCACGAGCAGGGACUCGGGUUGUACGUUGCCCAGUGUCAGAGCUGGAUCAAGUCGGGACAGACAUUACUGCAGGCCUCACAGCAUGAUGUGGAGAAGGAGUUGUGCAUGAAGCUCCCUCUGCACAGGAAGAAGCUGCAGCUGGCUCUGCAGGCUCUCGGGUCAGAGGAGGACGACCUCAGGGGCAAACUGGACCACAACUGGGUGACCAGAUGGCUCGAUGACAUCGGCCUCCCGCAGUACAAAAGUCACUUCGACGAGGCUCGUGUUGAUGGACGCAUGCUGCACUACAUGACCGUGGAGGACUUGCUGUCUCUGAAGGUGGGCAGCGUUCUCCAUCACCUCAGCAUCAAGAGGGCCAUUCAGGUCCUCCGCCUCAACUCGUACGAACCCAGCUGUCUCAGGCGACGACCCUCUGAUGAGAACAACAUCACACCAGCAGAGAUCUCCCAGUGGACCAACCACAGAGUGAUGGAGUGGCUCCGGUCUGUGGAUUUGGCAGAAUACGCUCCAAAUCUGAGAGGCAGCGGAGUUCAUGGAGGGCUGAUGGUGUUGGAGCCCCGCUUCAACGUGGAAGCGCUCGCCCUUCUGCUCAACAUUCCUCCCAGCAAAACCCUGCUGAGACGCCACCUGGCAACACAUUUCCACCUGCUCAUCGGCUCCGAGGCGCAGCGGCUCAAGCAGGACUGUCUGGAAAACCCAGACUACGCUGUCCUCACCGCCACCGCCAAGGUCAAGCCUCGACGCUUGUCAUUCGGUGGUUUUGGCACUUUGAGGAAGAAACGUCAGGACGAUGGCGAUGAGUACGUCUGUCCCAUGAACGUGGAAAUGCCCAAAAGCAGCAGCUUCCAGAGGGGAAGAGUCCUGAUCUACGAGGAAAACCUCGACCACCUGGAGCAGAUGGAAGACUCUGAAGGGACUGUGAGACAGAUAGGAGCCUUCUCUGAGGGAAUCAACAAUCUGACGAGCAUGCUGAAGGACGAUGAGUUUUUUCAGGAGAUCUCCGUCUGCCCUGCGGAGGUCGACGUGGCAGAAGCCGAUGACUCUGGUGUUUGAGUCGCUGCGCUUUGGGAAAGAAGAACCCACAGUGCCAACGCAAAGCCGUCCACCUCCCACCAACCUUUGUAGUAGAACAUGUGAGAACUUUUAUGCUAUUUUCAUCAUUCAGAAGUACAGCCAGCGCUUUCGUGACCACAUAUUUAUUGAAGCUGUGCAUGGUUUUAAUGCAUUAAUGUACCUCUUACUGCAUUUAUUUUAUUAUUCAAGUACUUGUGUUUUGUUCUCAGUAACCAGUGAGGUAAGCAUACUUUACUUUUAGUUUAUUUUGAGUUGUCAUCCUCAGCUGCAGAUUAAUUUUUAUAUGUGGUACGUAACUUUGCUUCAUGUUAUCCUUUAAGACCAGCUCAUUCAAAUCUCUCACCUCUAGUGGCAAAGAUGGUUGUGGUUGCACUUGCUCAAGUUUUGAGAUUUCUGUCGCUGCGAUGAGUGUGAUGCUCACAGCAUUGAAAAAUCUCAUUAUAAUUUAUUUACUGCAGAGAAAACAGAACACGCUGUCAGCACAGUUAUUUUUCAGCGUUUUCAGCACCAACAUAUUCUCAGUGUUGAGACAGAAAUCUCAAAACCAGAGGAAGUGAUUUUGUGCGCCCAUCUAGAUUUCCUCCGCUAACUUGAAUGGGGAUAAAAAAUGGUUCAACUGUGCAGCUCUUCUCCACUUUCCAAAUGGAUCCAAUUCUGAUGGUGAAUUGAGACAUUUUAUGUGUUACAUGUUUUCUGUUUGCAUCACGUGAUGUUCUAAGUAUUCGGUUUGACCACUAUGUCAGAUUAGCUUCAGAGCCUGGAACACUUCCUGUGGGCUUACUAGAGGCAGGGACAAACGGCCAACUAACCUGGCUCGCGCUAAGGCUCAUUAACACAAACUUAUUGCUUCUGUUUAAUCCGAAAGCUGUUCACAAAAAGAAAGUUACUGCAUGUUGACUCCUCCCUAAAACCACGAAAUGUUUUGUAUGUUUCUGUCAGGAUUAACUAAAUGCGAUAAGUGUGAGUUAGUGAGACGUUGACGCGUUUCUCUCUGCCUCUGGUCUUUAUGCUAAGCUAAUAAACUCCUGGCGCUAUUCUCCAUUUUAACUCUUGGCAUAAAAACCCUGUGAGAGUUUUUCUCUUUUAUAAAAUGGCAUGACAAAGUAUGGAAAUUGUUGUUUUAAAUUUUUUUUUGUAAUAAAAAUUGAAAAUUGCAUUUUC